AACCCGAUAAGCAUUUUCAAAAGAUUAUAUAUGUACAAGGGAAGUCCCUCCAAAAACAAAUUUUCAGACCUUUGGUGCACAGGACUAUUCAGCCAGUUUACUGAACUUCCCCAAUUGUGAAGGACUGGAGAAACGCGAGUUUCAACAUUCCUACAGACCUUUUGACCUUCUUCUUAAUAUGGAUCGCAAGUUGAAAAUCGCUCAUGAGGUGGCCCCAUGCUUACGCUCUCAUAACAACAUGCUUAAGUACCUGGAGAAGUUCCUCAAUUCGUAUAAAGGCUCAUCGAAGUUCUCACUUUCGUGGGUGACGAAAUUGGCGCAUGAUGAUACCGGACGACUUUACAAAGGGGAUAAUGACUUGUACAACUUCUUUGUCAAAAAUCGACAAGAGCUCGACGACUCAUUUGUAUUCUUUUUGGGCGAUCAUGGUCCUCGUUUUGGAAAGGAAACGAAAACCACUUUUGGAAGAAAUGAGGCAAACAAUCCAUUUUUGUACAUGACGGUUCCUAAGACGUUGAGAAAUUCAGAAAUGUUCAAAGUGCUAAAAGAGAAAGGAUAUGAGCUCAUUACUCCGCAUGACAUCCACGCAACUCUCAAAGACAUUCUCGAGGUAGGUGAAAAAUACUAUUUUAAAAUGUUGGAUUGUCACAUGAGCUUUUUGCCACCUUUCGAAUUUUCCAUAAUUUUCUAUCACCAUCAACAAAAUUUAUGAAU